AUGUCGCUCCGGCGCCCCCGUUCUCUCCUCCUCGUCGCUCUUUUAUCUCUAUUUGCCGCAGGAGUCUAUGCUACAGCUUCCGCCAAGUCGACCGCCGGAGGGGUGCCUGUGGAAGAUAUCCUCAAACUGUCUGUUUCCGAAUCCGCGAUCCACUCCGAAUGCGCCCCGAUCCAGAAGCUCAGCCUUCUCAAGGCGACAUUAGAAGCCGGCGAGUCGCCCGUCAUGCGCAAGGUCUUCAGCUGGCUCUUCCCGUUCGGGCCUGCGUGGAACUCUAUUCUCGGGACGUUCUACAUCAGCUCAGUGCCCAACUUCAUCCUUGCGUUCAUCCCUGCCGAGAUAAACGCGAACACAUUGAAUACGAUGACUGCGUUCGCCACCGGCGGCCUGCUGUCGGAUGUAUUCCUGCAUCUCGUUCCGCACUCUUUCAUGGGCGAACACCAAGGCUCGGGGGUUCAUUUCGUCAUGGUUGAGGAGAAGCGGAAUAUCCUUGUCGGGCUUGGGAUUUUCGUAGGAUUUGCAGCGUUCUUCUUCAUGGAAAAGACCUUGCGCGUCCUGAGCGGAGACGAAGAUGACGCCGGACACUCUCAUUCACAUCCACAUUCUCACUCCCACACCACCUCCACACACGUUGAACCCGAAGUCAGCAAGAGCUCAGGACGCGAUGAUACGUCCAGCACACAGAACGGCCUUCGCAGCAGGAAGACUAACGAUGAAGAUACCCAAGCUAAUGCUAAUGGCCCUUCCAGCGAACCGGCAGACUCGCAGUCGACGAACGGUCCUUCGAAGUUAUCUGCAUACCUUAAUUUAUUCGGAGACUUUGUUCAUAAUAUUACUGAUGGCCUCGCCAUGGCGGCCUCCUUCUACGCGUCCCCCCUCAUCGGUGCCACGACAACUCUAGCCUGCUUCGCCCAUGAGAUCCCGCACGAAAUUGCCGAUUACUGUAUCCUCAUUCGGAGCGGGUUCACGAAAAGGCAGGCAAUGCAGUCGCAGUUCUUGACAGCCAUUGGCGCAUUUGUUGGAACAUUUAUCGGAAUUGCGGUGCACAAUGCUGCCGCCAGCAGCAGCACGCACGAAACUCCAUUGGCACUCGACCUUGCAGCAGGUGUCCGCCAGGACGCUACCGGCCUGCUCGGCACGACGCUGCAGCUAUCUGACCUUGUUAUACCCUUUGUUGCGGGCGGCUUCCUUUACAUCGGAGCCGUAGCCGUGCUACCAACGUUGCUCGCCGAGAGCAAGAGCGCGAAGCAGGCGAUGCGCGAGGCAAGUGUUUUCCCAGACUUUGCGGCGAUGGGCUUUGGUGUCGUGUGCAUGCUGCUGGUCGCGUGGAACGAGUAG